AAGAUGGCGGCCUCCAUUGACGUGGAAGAUGAAACUAUCCUCGCAUCAGUUUUUAAAGAUGUCUUCCCAGAUUCCUGGAGAGAGAACCCAGACUUUGCACUUUAUCUUGCUGAACUCAGUUCAUAUGGAGUGGAUAAACUCAACCGUGAGCCAGAUCGUCUGGCAGAGGAGAGAUCUCAGAUCUUACAACAAACUCAAGAGUUAGCUUUCCAUAACUACAAGACUUUCAUUGAAACAGCAGAAUGCUCCAAAGAAAUAGUGGAAGAUUUCAACUUUGUGGAGAAACAUGUCAACAGUCUGCUGGUCAAACUGCCGUCUUUUUCAGAAGAUUGCAACAAGUUCAUGAAAGAGGCUCAACAAAUUAGCAUAAGCCGUCGAAUGAACAACCUGACGCUGACCAAACACACUCAACUGUUGGAGAUCCUUGAGAUUCCUCAGUUAAUGGAUACCUGUGUACGCAAUAGUUACUAUGAAGAAGCUUUGGAGUUAUCUGGAUAUGUGAAGCGACUGGAGAAGAAACAUACAAAUAUCCCAGUGAUUCAGGACAUAGUGAAUGAAGUUAAAGGGUCCACCCAACUCAUGUUGAACCAAAUGUUACAACAAUUACGUACUAACAUCCAGCUACCAGCUUGCUUACGUUUGAUCGGCUACCUACGACGCAUGGAUCUAUUCAGUGAGAGUGAACUGAGGAUUAAGUUCCUUCAGGCUCGAGAUACUUGGUUCCAAGGAAUCCUGGCUUCCAUUGCUAAGGAAGAUGCUUACUUUCACAUAACGAAGGUUAUUGAAGUGAGUCGGGUCCAUCUCUUUGACAUCAUCACUCAGUAUCGAGCAAUCUUCUCAGAUGAUGAUCCAGUGCUGUCUUCCAGUCCGGAUUCAGCUACCAAUGAGGGCGCCCUCUUCCAUGGAUGGGUCGGACAGAAGGUGUCACAAUUCCUGAGUUCAUUAGAGACUGAUCUUACAAGGGGUGUAGGUGGUCGUCUUGACUCCCUUCUAGGUCAAUGCAUGUACUUCGGUCUUUCCUUCAGUCGAGUUGGGGCUGACUUUCGAGGACUGCUUUCACCGUUGUUUCAAGAAGCUGCUUUGAGGGGAUUUACGACGGCCCUGGACGAAGGAACCAAAAGGUUUGCAGAGGCCAUGCAUUCCUACACAUUGAUAGCCACUCCAUCAUUGUCAUCUAGCACUCUGGUCUCUGGUACGAUGCAGGGUGAUAAGAGUUUAGCCCCGCCCACAGUGUUAAUGGACCACGCCCCUCUUGCAAUGUAUACUAACGCUGUAUUAAGUGCCUUCAAUGAUCUGAGGUUAUGUGCACCUGUAGCAUUAGCUCAAGAUGUAGCCACAGCACUCAACCAUUCUUUGGAAAGAGUCGUCCAAACAACUCUGGCGUACCACAGAGCUGAGGAGAGCACAUUCAAUGACAAAGAGAGAGAUUUCUUCUCUACGUUUUGUCAAAUGACGGCCAGCGAACUUCUCCCCUACCUCAACCAUUGUCUUCAGGCCCUGUUUCCCAUGGCAACCAUUGCACAGACACUAGGAGUAACUGUGGCAGACUUACAGAAAAUGGGCAACAUUGGAACCCUUGAUGUCAGCAGUCUUACUGAGCCUUUGAAACCACUCCUGCCACCAGAACCUGAAAUACAAGAACCAGACUCUCCAGAACCACAAGAUUCUUCAGAGGCAGUUUCAGAUAGUAGUCCUCUUCGCCAUCAAUCAUCUGACGAUGUUGCCAUGGAAACACCAGAAACACAAAACAAAACAGAGGAUCCGCUGCCGGAGGAAACUCAAGAAGAUAACUUUGAGAAGGAUGCAACAAAUAAUCAUGGUCAAUCAUCAGAUGCUAUUGUCAUAGAAACAGCAGAAACACAAAGCACUGAGGAGGAUGCAGCGGGAACAGAGACUCCCGAGAAGCCGGUAGAGAAUGAAAUGCGAGAAGUCAACAAGUUUUACUUAGAGGAAGAAACGUGAUUGGGACGUUUUAAACAUUGCAGUAAAAGAAACAUUGAAUUUAUCUGAAACAGCCGUUUAAAGGCUCUGGACACUAUUGGUAAUUACUAAAAAUAAUUGUUAGCAUACAAAAUUACUUGAUAGGAGCAGUGGAGAGUUAAUGAUGGUAUUACAAAUUGUGAGAAACGGUUCCCUCUGAAGUAAAAUAGUUUUUGAGAGAGAAGUAAUUUCUCACUAAAAUAUUUGAAUUUAAGAGACCUCAGCUGAGUAUUCAAAUUCAAGGCGUCUGAACGCGCACAACUUGUGGACAAGGGUUUUUUUGGUUCUAUUAUUCUCUCUAAACUUCGACUACCAAUUGAGUCAAAAUUUUCACAGGUUUGUUAUUUUAUGCAUAAUGUUGAGAUACACCAAGUGAGAAGACUGGUCUUAGACAAUAACCAAAGAUGUCCAGUGGCUUGAAUAAUCUCUUCUUAAAAGAAGGGGACUAAACUUGCAGACUGUUCACACUUAGUAAAACACAUGUCCCAAACCAUGGAGCCAUGUCACACAGAGUCAUAAGCUCUAUGAAAAUUAGGCCCUGGUUUCAGAGUUCUUAGAGUGUCACUUAUACAACUAACCGUAUAGCGCCCUCUGUUGUUUACUACCAUGCUGUUUGAUAAUUAUAACUUGUGCCCUGCAGGAUCAAAGUAUUUCUGAGAUUCAUAAAACAUAAUGAAGACCACUACAAUUACAAUAGACAUGCUUUGGGUUUGUGCAGUUUUGCUAUUCCCUGCAUUUUGUUACUUAUUCAUAAAAUUAUUACUUUCGAUACAUGUUGUCAGGAUGAAUACUUAAGAUCUUUCUUAAACUAAUAUUGUUAUAAAGGCCUAAUAAUGUGUAUAAGCUAUAUUGUAUACUGUACUUGAGUGUGUAUUUUAAAUAAUUGUCUUAACAAAAUUGCACUUGAAGGAUAUCAAAACACAGUGUCAUUUUACACCAUUUAGAGGUUACAGACUUAUAAUGGAUCAUCUAUUGGUAGAUGAGGGGAUCACACAACUGAAUUAUGUCUCUCGAGUCCCUUAAAGGCAGUGGACACUAUUGGUAAUUACUCAAAAUAAUUAUUAACAUAAAACCUUUCUUGGUGACGAGUA